GAGCCAACAACCGUGCAAUCAGAGCAUAGAGCAAGGUAAGAGCAAUAGCAAAGCAUGGAUCCCUCAACGCUCCUUCUGAUUGUGGUGGUCGCCGGCGCCGCCGCGGCGCACGGUCACCCUGCCACUGACACUCCGGUGGCACAGUUCUGGGAGCAGGCCCUCCCGGGCACGACGAUGCCAGAGGCCAUUGCAGAUCUUGUCAAGAAAGGCAUUGACCACUCGCCGCUCGUGGAGCACUACUUUGCCCUGCCCAGAAUCAGUGUAUGCACGCUCUUCAGCUCUGCUUGCAAUCCGCGGACGGUCGCCGAGACCGGCAUCUUCUUCCACGAGGCGCUGCUGCUGCCGGGCAGCGCCAUGACGCUCUCCUUCCCGGCAGAGGCUGAGGCGGCGAUCCUCCCCCAGGACGUCGCCGGGAAGGUCCCCUUCGGAAGCCUAGCAGACGUCCUCGCCACCUUCAACAUCCCGGCGGGCUCCGACGAGGCCGCGCAGGUGAGGGACACACUGCGCAGGUGCCAGGAGCCACCCGUCGCCGGCGAGGUCAAGGCCUGCGCCACGUCCCUGGAGGGCACCGUGCGGAGCGCCAUGGGCAUGCUCGGCACCGUGAACGGGCAGGGCGUGUGGGCGGCCACGUCGACGCUCCCCCGCAGCGGCCUGCCGCGUCAGCCGUACGUGGUCCGGGCCGUCGCCCCGCUGGACGGCGACCGCUACGUGUCCUGCCACAGGGUGCCGUUCCCGUACGCUGUCUACCAGUGCCACGCUGCGGGGAACGGGUACAGAGCCUACGUGGUCUCGCUCAGAGGCCUCCGUGGCGGCCCGGCGGCCUCCAUGCUGGCGUUCUGCCACGUCGACACCUCCAGCUGGAACCCGGCUCACCCGGCCUUCGAGGUGCUAAACACCCGCCCCGGUGGCACGCCGGUGUGCCACUUCAUGCCCUACGGUGACGUGGCGUUCGUCAAGAAGGCAGGAAGAGCCUAUUAGCUCGCUAUGGGCAAUCUAAGCAUCGCCAUAAAUAAAGUAUAACGGCCACAUAAGGGUGGCGUUCUAUUAUAGUAUUGAGUAAUGACGGUGCUAGAACUAGCAAUGGUGUGUGGUUCAUAUAAAGGGCCUCUAGGUUUGUUUGGAUAUAAUCUUAAGUGGUGCAAGUAUCGGUGUAAAGCCUCGAUCUAUAGAUCGACUAUGGAGAUAAAUUUGUGUCGUCAGUUGCUUGUACAAAAUAAUUGUAUUGUAUAAAUACUAUCAAAUAUGUUUGUGUCGUCAGUUGCUUGUACAAAGCGAUUGUAUUGUAUAAAUACUAUCAAAUUUGUACAAGCAGCCGACGACAUAAAUUUAUAUGCUUGUGCAUUA